UGCACCAAAUACCAUGUUAGCUAAGGUAUGUUCUGAUCAAAAUAAACCAAAUGGGCAGUAUCAGAUAGUUUCUACAGUGGAUGCUGUAAUGUCAUUCAUAGCUACUUUACCUGUAAAAAAGGUCUCUGGUAUUGGACCAGUGCAAGGACAAAUUUUAAAUGCUAUUGGCAUUCACACUUGCUCUGAUAUGUGGGAGAAACGUGAUCUUCUUGAUUUACUUUUUUCGGAGACUUCUGUUGAUUUUUAUAUUAGAGUUGCUUUGGGUAUUGGGAGCACAGUAGUUAAAAGUGAUCACGUUCAGAAAAGUAUUGGAAAUGAGCACACAUUUCGAGAAAUCCAUCAUCCUGCUGAUCUCCACAGAAAAUGUCAAGAACUCUGUGAUGAACUGAUAGAGGAUCUAAAAUCACAUAAUAUGCUUGUAAAUUCAGCAAUUUUAUUUAUUUAUUUGUUUAUUACUUUUUGCUAAAAGUCUUUGGAAAUAUAUAGAAUACGUAGAAAAAAA